AGCGCCAAGACCGCACGGGCGAGUUCCGCAGGGCAAGUGUAGCACGGUGCCCGGGUUCUCGCGCUUGGCCGAGCGAUGUGCCCGGGUGUCAGGGCGCGGGAACCUGGGCUCAGGUGAAGCUCUGGGAAAGGACACCAAGGCGGCGACGAGAUGCAAGCGGAGGAGCCCUGCGCCCCCGGCGCUCCUGGUGACCCCGGUACCCAGAGAGACCAGCGCGCACCCAGCCCCGAGCCGCGCCUAUCUAGCCAGCUGCUGCCGGAGCUGUACACCUUUGCGGCGCGAGUGCUUUUCUACCUGGCUCCCGUCUACCUAGCCGGCUACGUGGGGCUCAGCAUAACCUGGCUGCUGCUCGGCGCUCUGCUGUGGAUGUGGUGGCGCAGGAACCGCCGCGGGAAGCUUGGGCGCCUGGCGGCCGCCUUCGAAUUCCUAGACAACGAACGCCAGUUCAUUAGCCGCGAGCUGCGGGACCAGCACCUGCCGGCCUGGAUCCACUUCCCGGAUGUGGAGCGGGUCGAGUGGGCCAAUAAGAUCAUCUCUCAGACCUGGCCCUACCUGAGCAUGAUCAUGGAAAACAAGUUCCGGGAGAAACUCGAGCCCAAGAUCCGGGAGAAGAGCACCCACUUGAGGACCUUCACCUUUACCAAGCUCUACUUCGGACAAAAGUGCCCCCGGGUCAAUGGUGUCAAGGCACACACUAACCAGUGCAACCGGAGACGGGUGGUCCUGGACCUGCAGAUAUGCUACAUCGGGGACUGUGAGAUCAGUGCAGAGCUGCAGAAGAUACAGGCUGGUGUGAAUGGGAUUCAGUUGCAGGGCACGCUGCGGGUCAUCUUAGAGCCCCUCCUGGUGGACAAGCCCUUCGUGGGAGCUGUGACCGUGUUCUUCCUUCAAAAGCCGCAUCUGCAGAUCAACUGGACAGGCCUGACUAACCUGCUGGAUGCACCAGGAAUCAAUGAGGUGUCAGACAGCCUGCUGGAGGAACUCAUUGCUGCCCACCUGGUGCUGCCCAAUCGUGUAACUGUGCCUGUGAAGAAGGGGCUGGACGUGACCAAUCUGCUCUUCCCUCUGCCCUGCGGAGUGAUCAGAGUCCAUUUGCUGGAGGCUGAGAUGCUGGCUCAGAAGGACAGCUUCCUAGGGAUCCGAGGCAAGUCAGACCCCUACGCCAAGGUGAGCAUUGGCCUACAGCAUUUCCGGAGUAGGACCAUCUACAAGAACCUGAACCCCACCUGGAAUGAGGUAUUUGAGUUUAUAGUGUAUGAAGUCCCUGGGCAGGACCUGGAGGUGGACCUGUAUGAUGAAGAUCCUGACAGGGAUGACUUCCUGGGCAGCUUGCAGAUCUGCCUUGGGGAUGUCGUGACGAACAGAGUGGUGGAUGAGUGGUUUGUCCUGAACGACACAACCAGUGGGCGGCUGCACCUGCGGCUGGAGUGGCUUUCACUGACUGCCAACCCAGAAGCUCUGAUUGAAGACCAAGGUGGCCUUUCAACUGCCAUCCUUGUGGUCUUCUUGGAGAGUGCCUGCAACCUGCCGAGAAACCCUUUUGACUACCUGAAUGGUGAAUAUCGAGCCAAAAAACUCUCCAGGUUCACCAAGAACAAAGUCAGCAGAGACCCUUCUUCCUAUGUCAAGCUAUCUGUAGGCAAGAAGACACACAUGAGCAAGACUUGUCCCCACAGCAAGGACCCAGUGUGGAGCCAGGUGUUUUCCUUCUUUGUGUCCAACGUGGCAGCUGAGAAGCUGCAUCUGAAGGUGCUUGAUGAUGACCAAGAGUAUGCUCUGGGAGUGCUGGAGAUCCCCCUGUGCCAGAUUCUACCCUAUACAGACCUCACCCUCGAGCAGCGCUUUCAGUUGGACCACUCAGGCCUGGACAGCCUCAUCUCCAUGAGGCUGGUGCUUCGGUUCCUGCGUGUGGAAGAACGAGAGAUGGGGAGCCCAUACACAGGACCUGAAGCCUUAAAGAAAGGUCCUCUGUUCAUUAAGAAGGUGGACACCAACCAGGAACCCAAAGCCCCAUUCCAGGGAGAAUGCCCUGCAAAUUUGCCAUGCCCCCCAGAUCCUGCUUCUGAUACCAAAGAAACCUCCAAGAGCUCCAUGUCAGCCACCAGUGCCACUAUUGUUGCCACUGAGCCCAUGCCCCAAGAGACAGGCCCAGAGCCCAAAGGCAAGGACCAUGCCAAAGGGUUCUGUGAGUCCUUGGGGAAGAAGAGUUCGGGCACCAUCUUCCUGACUGUCCCAGGCCCCCACUCUCCAGGGCCCAUCAAGUCACCCAGACCUAUGAAAUGCCCUGCCUCCCCACUCGCAUGGCCGCCCAAGAGGGUGGCUCCCAGCAUGUCCUCGCUCAACUCCUUGGCCUCCUCCUGCUUUGACCUGACAGAUAUCAGCUUCAACAUUGAAGGCGGGGAUCUCAGGCAGUGGAGGCUGGGUGAGAUUCAGCUCACUGUGCGUUAUGUGUGUCUGCGGCGCUGCCUCAGUGUGCUCAUCAAUGGCUGCAGAAACCUGACACCCUGUACCAGCAGUGGAGCUGAUCCGUAUGUCCGUGUCUACUUAUUACCAGAAAGGAGGUGGGCAAGUCGUAAGAAGACCUCAGUAAAACGGAAGACCCUGGAACCCCUGUUUGAUGAGACAUUUGAAUUUUUUGUUCCCAUGGAAGAAGUAAAGAAGAGGUCACUAGAUGUUGCAGUGAAAAACAGUAGGCCACUUGGCUCACACAGAAGAAAGGAGCUAGGAAAAGUUCUGAUUGACUUAUCAAAAGAGGAUCUGAUUAAGGGCUUCUCACGAUGGUACGAGCUGACUCCAGACGGGCAGCCCAGAAGUUGAUGAGCACCCUUACCACCUUUAUAUUAAAAUGUGUACAUAUGUAUAUUUUGUAAUUUAAAUCAGAACAGCCAUUUGAAAAUAUAUACAUACAUUUUUGUGUGAAAUUUAAGUACAUGACUGGAUAAUAUUAGGAAGAGGUAAACAUAUAUAAAAGUACUACUCUCGGUUGGAUUUAGUUGUUGAAAUCCAGAAAGAAAUGUGGUGUUCAUACCUAAUAAAUUAUCAGAACCUCA